AUGAAUAAUUUAUUAAAAUCAUUCACAAAAUUCUCAAUAAAUGUACCACAAAAUUUAAUAAUGAAAAGAAAUUAUUCAUUAGUUUUAGAUUCAGUUGAAAUACCAAAAGAGAUUGAACUUAAAUAUCAUCGUCCACAUCGUAAACAACCAACCAAUGCACAUAAAUUAUUAGUAAAGAGACAACAUCAAGCUAAAAUCAAUUUAAAACGUAAAAGAUUACAAAAAGAAAUCCAUGAUUGGAGAUUAGCACCACCACAACAUUUACCAAAAUUCAAUGCAGAAAAAGUUAAACCAGCAAAAGAAUACACUGGUCUCAAAGCUGAUCAAUUCGAAGAAAUCCCAUUUGGUUACAGACAACGUAAACAUGUUAAAUAUUUGGAAAAUCAACAAGAAGAAAAAAGAAUAUUAGAUGAAAUUAAACAAAAACGUUUAAGAAAACAUGUUGAAUUAAUCAAUAAAGAAAAAGAAAGAAAAGAAACUUUUAAAUCAAAAAUGGAAUCAAGAAAACAAGAACAACAACAAUAA